AUGGACAGAAUAUUUAGCUCGGACGAGCUAGAGGUGUGUGAGGAGGUUGGAAGAGGAGGAUUCGGCGUGGUAUAUAGAGGUAUCGUCAAGGCCACGGGAGUGGAAGUGGCUAUCAAGCAGAUCGACUUGGAAAAUGACCAGGUAGACAUCUUUGAGGUCAACAAGGAGAUCCAAAUCUUAUCGGAAUGCCAGCUUGCCCAAAUAACAAGGUAUAUUGGCUGCUUUGUAAAGGGAUAUAAGCUCUGGGUGAUCAUGGAGUAUGUCAAUGGAGGGUCAUUGUUCGAUCUUCUAAGACCAGGGCCCAUUCAAGAUGAAAAGACCAUUGCUAUCGUGGCACAUCAGAUCUUGUUGGCAUUGGACUACUUACAUGCACUGGGAAAGAUUCAUAGGGAUCUAAAGUCACAGAACAUUCUUCUCAGCCAGAACGGUGAAGUUAAGUUGACAGACUUUGGAGUCUCGACCCAGUUGUACUCGAACUUCUCCAGAAGAAACACUACCGUGGGUACACCCUAUUGGAUGGCACCAGAGGUCAUCAUGAACAACAUGGGUGGUCACGGAUACAAGGCCGACAUUUGGUCUUUGGGGUGUUGUAUGUACGAGUUGGCUAACGGGAAACCACCAUUGCAAGAUCAUUAUGCACCUAUGAAGGCCCUACGCAAGAUUUCGACUUGCAAGACUAAUGCAGAUUUUCUAGAACUUAUCCAGAUGAAAUCCCAUACAGAAUGGUCCGACAGAUUCAAAGAUUUCUUGAGCAAAUGCUUCAUUUUGGAAGCAAAAAACCGACUCUCGGCAUCCAGGCUCCUCAAGCACAAAUUUGUCGAGCAGGUGGUAGACAUUUCUCCCGAAGUACGGCGCAAAUUAUUGAAGAAACUAAUAACAAAUAAACUUUUAUGGGACCAAGAGAACCAUAUAGUUAAGACUCAGAAGUUUUACGCACCUACUGAGAUUGCACUCAACCAGGAAAAGUGGCGUAACGGGUCCAUUAUCGAGCAAACCAAUGCGGUGCAAUUCGACCUCAGCUCUAUUUCAGAGCUUCAGGAGGUAUCUCCUUCCAAGCCUGCUUUCAAGCCUCCCAGUGCUACGAGAAGAGAAACAUCCAUUUCACCUGCUGGAAGCACCAUAUACUCUAAGAGUGAGUCGCCACAAGUGAAUCUCGUGAUGAAGGGGGAGCUUGUAAAAACACUCAAUAAGGUAUUUCACAAAAUGGAGCAGAAAGUCAACUUGACCACAGAACAAUAUGAUGAUCUUGUAUCAUUGAAUGACCGGAUGAUCAAGCUCUUCAUGCCCAUUCAGUACUCGGAUUCCAACUCUCAGACACGAAUUCUUAUUUGCCAAUAUUUGAAGUACUUUCUCAAGGAGAUCUCCAAGCAAACACAAGAGUCGACACGGAGUCUGCUCCAGCGAUUGAUUAUACCUUCGAAUUUACUGAAUACUGAGGCCUACAGUGAGCCAAAGAGGAAGAUCUCUGGGGGAGGGGGACCUAUGGAGGAAAUUUCUCGAAACUUGAUGGAAUCGUGGCUCGAAAAAAUGAGCAAGUCUUGA